AUGGAUGAAGACAUAAGCCCAGUUGCAGAGCUGCUUGGGCAAGCGAUCUACCAUUUUGAACGCCUUCAGCCUUUGCUUCCGACAUACGGACAUCUUAUCGUGGCGGCUUUGUUUCCAAUCUGGAUUGGGGCUCAUGCAUCCCUUUCUCGACCUUCAUCUGCCGCUAAAGCGCUUGAGAAGAAAGACUUUGAGGAUAUUCAGACUGCCUCUGAUGACUCGGAUGAUGAAUCAGGCCCCGAUCAAAAAAUGGAAGGGCUCGAGCCAUCCGAUGCUCUGAUUUUCCCAGUCACUGCAGGCCUAACCCUAGGAGGUCUUUAUCUUGUGAUCAAGUGGCUGGAGGACCCUGCAAUCUUGAACAAGAUCCUAAGCUUCUAUUUCUCGGGAAUGGGGGUGUUCUUUGCUGUCGCUUUCUUGAAAGACUUCUUGAUGAUGUCUCGCUCCUUCAUGCUUCCCCGUCGCUACAAGUCUGCAGGCAAGUUGUGGGUUGUCAGUCAGUCUCGGCAAAUCUUCAUUGCUCGAUCGACGAAUGGGGCCGACACGACACAAGCGGUGCGCCAGUCUCCUCUUCCUGGCAUCUUUGGUGCAAUCCCACUUCCACGGCCAGUGAUGUCCUUGCUGUGGACUACUCGGAAUGUCUGUUACCAACGCCUACAAGUACGAGCUCACGUUCGAGGUAUUCUGAACGUCAAGAUCCUAGUUGGUCUUCUCGACCUUCUCAGUGCAAUCUUCGCCUUUGUCGCUGUUGGCUACUUUGCGUUUGUUCAGAAGCCGUGGUGGCUGACCAACUUCCUGGGAUUCAGCUUCAGCUAUGGGACCUUGCAGUUCAUGUCUCCUUCCACCUUCUGGACCGGGUCCCUGAUCUUGAGUUCGUUGUUCUUUUACGACAUCUACUUUGUCUUUUUCACCCCCAUGAUGGUAACUGUGGCUACCAAGCUGGAUGUUCCUAUCAAAUUGCUUUUCCCAAGACCACCAAGUCCUGGCGAUGAAUCAAACGUUCAAUCUUUGGCCAUGCUUGGUUUGGGGGAUAUUGUUGUACCCGGCAUGAUGAUUGGGCUGGCAUUACGGUUCGAUCUCUUCCUUUACUACUACCGAAAAGGCAUCGAAUCAGCACAUCUGCAAGGACUGGCAGAUGAAUCUGUCAAGCCUCAAUAUCAGCGCGCCACCGGAGCUUGGGGAGAACGAUUUUGGGCUUCAGCUGCCAAGCCGCAGACGCCUGAGCUUACCCCACCGUAUUCAGACGCGCGAUCUUUCCCCAAAGUCUACUUCAAGGCGAGUGUCAUCGGAUACAUAAUUGGAAUGGUCACAACCUUGCUUGCCAUGCAAUACUCAAAUCACGCACAGCCUGCUCUGCUCUAUCUUGUUCCCGGUGUACUCAUUUCCCUGUGGGGAACCGCUUUCUUCCGCGGGGAGACCAGCAUUAUGUGGAACUUUUCAGAUACCGAGGCAGACGAAGACCCUGAUGCUGAAAAUCAGAGCAAAGAAGAAGAUGCCGCGAAAGCUGGAAGCGAUCUUUCCAAGCUCGGCGAGCAGAAGGGACUGAUCUCGAGAAUCUUUUCGGGUGACGUGAGUCAUCUUGCAAUAAGUUCGAAAAACGAUGAAUCAAUGAUGGCGAAGGAAAAGAAGCGUGAGGCGAGUAGUGAAGGAACAUUGUCUGCGAACCCGGUAUCAGACAGCCAUCUGACAAAAGACGCAAAGUCCAAAGAACAGCAGGACUUGGUUUCAUUCUCAAUCUCUUUCCCAGAGAAACCAGAGGGAAAAAAGGGGGAGCUCAGGAAGAAGAAGCUGAUCCGGUGGUGGCCAUUUCUGAAGCCGGCGAGCAACUUGAUGAGCCUCCACUGA